AAACGUGUUCCUCGACUGGCUUCAUUGUAAGUUGAGUGACGACGUCGGACGGACCAGGAGCCACCGGUUGCAAUCACCUUUCUUCAAACCACCGACUUUGAUCAUUUUUACUUCUUUAAGUCAAGUCUAUACCUUUGUGUCGGGAUACAUUGUGUUUUUUUUCUACAUAUAUUGUAUUCACAUCGACAGAGCGGGGCCUUCACACACCAGUCGACCUGAUCGUAUUUUGGAAGCCAAACUAUGGCAAAGGGAAAUGACUCUCAAUCCGAAAUGGCAUGUGCCCGCCAGACUGAUUGCAUCAAUGUAAUCUUCGACAGCCCUGCCCCGUCUCCCUCACAAUGCGGAUCAAGUAUCAGCUGUGAAAGUGACCGCUCCUCUGACUCUGUAGACCACAGGGGACGUGGUAGCAACAGGUCCUCUUCUUCAUCAUCUUCAUCCGGCAGCAGGUCUCCCCGCUCGAGGUCCCGUUCUCAUCCUCGUUGCCACAGACCUUCUUCACGCUGUCGCUGCGACAACCAUUUCAGACAUGGCCGUGGCAGACGUCCCAGCUCCCCGCCACGGCGCUACAGGGCCCGGUCUCGCUCCUGCAGCCGGUCACCACUGACAAAGUCCCACUCCAGUCGCAGACACAACAGGUCUCGUUCCAGGUCACCCGGGCGCUGGAGCAGAUACAGCAAGGCUGCUAGUCGUUCUCUCAAAUCUUCCUCAAGAACUCACAGGAGCAAGUCAAGAUCAUCAGAACGCUCUGAUAGUUUGAGUGUGGAUGAUAAAAGGGAACUUCUCAAAGCUGCGUAUGCCAAUUCUGUGAAGAUCCUAGGAGUGGAUAAUCUGGACCUUCCUGAGAGCGUGAAACCAAUCCUGUCAAAGCAUUUGGAAUCCAAACCAGUGUCACCAGAGCCAGGGACAAGGGUAACACAAAACCCUUGAAGACUCUUGCACAGGUGGGGCUUGAUUUCAGUUUUAUGUUGAACACACCACACACCUGAAAUAAGACUUCAUAAGACUGUUGAGGCCUAGAAGAUAUUUCCAUAUUUUCCAUUUGUGACCUGUUGUAAGCACAGUGUUGCAAUUUUAGGAGGAAAUUGAAUAGUUUUUACAAUACAACUGUGUCUACUGAAAUGAAUUAUUUUUCCACAUGUGCAAUAGACUCGAGCGUCUUUGGCUGUACGUGAAGAUUUCCUGUUUUUUUUUUAUUAAGGUGGAUCCUAGCUGUCGUGCUUUUACAAAAGUUGCAGUAAAUAUACAGAAAUGAUUGCUUAGUGUAUUUUCUAAAGAUGCCUAUUGAUACUGUACGCCUGAGGUAUAUGUUGUUGAAUUUCCUGUGUCUUGUGUUAACCUUUGGAUUUCUGAGGGAACACACAUACUCUCUGUAUUUAUUCCUGUCUUCAUAGAUAACAUGACAGUGGUCUUCUUCACUCAUCGGCACCUGGGAUUAAAGGGCAGUCAUGUGACUUGGGCGACGACAUUAUGUGUUUGAGUGAAAGGUUAAUUGAUGAAUCUUAAAAUGUUCCACAUGUUAAGUGUAUCAACUAGAGGUUUGCAAUUUUACACAUGUAUUUGGAUCUCCUCACAUUUUAAACACAACGCAUUCACCUCAUACAUUUUUAGUCCAACACAUUGAUGUUUAACAAGCAGAUCAGAUUUUGUUUGAUGAUAACUAUUACUGAUACAGAGAACAGUACAAUUUUGUCAUUCAAAAUGUAUGUAUGCUUGCAGUUGAAAUGGGUCAUUGUUAUUUAGCAGAAUCCUCCAAUUGCUGAUGGUGUGCAGGGACUGGACUUCAUUAUAGUGACUGUCCCUGUCAAGAGAGCUAAAAAAAGAUGAAGAACUCCACUCCCUAUGCCAAAGAUAAGUUGGUACACCGGCCAUGUCCUGAGGUGCUGGGAAACCUACAUGAUCAUUCUGCCACUGUAGAAAGAGAAGGCAUCCUUUUUAUUUGCAUUUUUUUGUUUUGUUUUAUUGUGUGAUAAGGUAUAUCUUUUUAGCAUUGAUUUAAUGGUUGAGCAUAGUCUUUUAAAGCAGUUGGAAAGGGGGAAACUAGCAUGAAAGAUGCAGUUUGUGGCAGCUGAGAUUUACUUGUAACCUAUGCUGUGAUAGUGUUUUGAUAUACAAGAAUUUGAAGCUAUUACCGUACUUGUGUAUAAACUGACAGUUCAACACUCACCCUACCUAUCUGACUAGAUUUGCUUUUCUUGUCUUUUUGGAACAGAUGAAUGAGGAGGAGUCCGAAGAUGUACCUAUCCUGAAACUGUGCCAAAAAGGGAAAAUCUCUUUCAGCAUUAAUAAUUCUGUGGUGAAACCAACAGUGGUAGCUCUAUCUUGUGCUAAGGUGACUCCAAGAAUGGACAGCUAUGAAAGCAGGAAGCCAUACGGCCACUGGGUUCCAGUUAAAUCAGGAAGAACGUCCAAAGCAAGAAAGCACCACCUUGCCAUGUCACACUAGUGUGGCAAAAUAGAUGGACUUCUGUAAAUACUGUAAAUCCUUUGUACAUAUGGUUAAUGAUUACAUU